AUGGCUCCCUUGGUCUUAGCAUCCGAGACUAUGUUUGAGAUGGACGAGUGGAGCUUCCACGAGGCGCCUCCAAACACCCCGGAGCGGGACCUCCGCGCGCGUGCAGCCCGUGGCGGCGAUGACUGGCCGCCGCCGUUGCCGCUCUGCAGCAAGGUGCCCCUCCCUUCCGCGCAGCUCAACCUGUACCGCGCGGCCGUCGCGCUCCGCGCCGUCCUCCUGGCGCUCUUCCUCCGGUACCGCGUCACCCACCCGGUGCCCGACGCCUACGGGCUGUGGCUCACGGCCGUCGCCUGCGAGUCCUGGCUCGCGCUCUCCUGGCUGGCCGCGCAGCUGCCCAAGCUCUCCCCGACCAACCGCGCCACGCACCUCCACAGCCUCGACAAGGACGACUACACCGGCGGCGAUCGGAGGCUGGCGGGCGUGGACGUGUUCGUGAGCGCGGCGGACGCGGCCAGGGAGCCACCCCUGGCGACGGCCAACACGGUGCUGUCCGUGCUCGCGGCGGACUACCCCGCGGGCAGCCUCGCCUGCUACGUCUCCGACGACGGCGCCGACAUGCUGCUCUUCGAGGCGCUCUUCGAGACGGCGCGGCUCGCGCGGAGGUGGGUCCCGUUCUGCCGCCGCCACGGGGUCGAGCCGAGGGCGCCUGAGCCCUACUUCGCGCGGAACGUGGACUACCUCAGGGACAAGGUCGCGCCGUCGUUCGUUAAGGAGCGCCGCGCCAUGAAGAGGGAGUACGAGGAGUUCAAGGUGAGGAUGAACUACCUCGCCGCCAAGACGAGCAAGGUGCCGGAGGAAGGAUGGCUCAUGUCCGACGGCACGCCGUGGCCCGGGAACAACUCGAGAGACCACCCCGCCAUGAUACAGGUCCUCCUGGGCCCCUCCGCCGAUGAUCGCGACGCCGAGGGGGUGGAGCUUCCUCGGCUCUUCUACGUGUCGCGGGAGAAGAAGCCGAGUUUCCAACACCACAAGAAAGCCGGCGCCAUGAACGCAUUGCUCCGGGUGUCCGCCGUGCUGACAAAUGGCGCCUACGUGCUCAAUCUGGACUACGACCACUACGUCAACAACAGCGGAGCCCUGAGGGAGGCGAUGUGCUUCCUCAUGGACCCGGAGGCUGGGAACUGGACGUGCUUCGUCCAGUUCCCUCUGCGCCCACCCGCCGCAUCGGCAGACGACGAAGAUCCAUGGGGCAGCCGCGACUCUGUCUUCUUCGAUAUCGACAUGAAAUGCUUGGACGGCAUUCAGGGCCCGGUUUACGUCGGCUCCGGGUGCUGCUUCAACCGGAAGGCGCUGUACGGGUUCGAGCCGCCGGUGGCCGACGACGCCGACGACCUGGAGACCAGCCCUCGGAGGUGGUGCUGCUUCGGGGGCACGGAGAGGCGAAAGCUGAUGCUGAGGAGGAACAGGUCCGUCGUGCCCUUGCUGGACUCUGCAGACCACGAUGAGGAAACAGUGGGAGCGAGGAGGCGGAGGCUGCUCUCGCACCACGCCGCGCUGCAGCAGCACUUCGGCCAUUCUACAUUGUUCAUCGCCUCGGCGUUCAAAGAGAAAGGGCCGUCGGCCAUGGCGGUGGCAGCCACUCCUCUCCUCAAGGAGGCCAUCCACGUCGUCAGCUGCGCGUACGAGGAGCGCACGAGAUGGGGCAAAGAGGUUGGAUGGAUUUACGGCGCCUGCGCCGGCGUGGCGACGGGAUUCAGGAUGCACGCGCGCGGUUGGGAGUCGGCGUACUGCGUGCCGGCGCGGCCCGCGUUCAGGAGCUACGCGGGGGCCAGCCCCUCGGACAUGCUCGCCGGGGCGUCGCGGCGGGCGUCGGCGGCCAUGGGGAUCCUGCUGGGCCGGCACUGCCCCGUCUGGGCCGGCGGCGGCAGCAUGAGGCCCCUGCAGCGGCUGGCCUACGUGAACUGCGUCGCCUACCCGCUCACCUCCAUCCCGCUCACCGUCUACUGCGCGCUCUCGGCCGUCUGCCUCCUCACCGGCAAGUUCAUAUUCCCCGACGACGUGGACGACUACGACGGGUUCCUGCUCGUGCUGCUGCUGUCCUCGGUGAUCGCGUCCGUGGCACUGGAGCUGAAAUGGAGCGGCGUGUCGCUGCGGGCGUGGUGGCGAGCCGAGAAGCUCUGGUUGGUGAUUGGCACAUCGGCCGGCCUCGCCGCCGUGUUCCAGGGUACCCUCAGGGCGUGCACUGGCAUCGACGUCGGCUUCUCGACGGACACAGCGGCGGUGGCGGUGUCCGAGCAGCCGGCCGAGGACGAUGACGAGGAGGCGAUGACGGCAGACUCGACGCGGUCGGUGCUGUGGACGAACCUGCUGGUGCCGCCGAUCAGCGUGCUGCUGGGCAACCUCGCCGGCGUGGUGGUGGCAGUGUCGUACGGGAUGGACCACGGGUACGAGUCGUGGGGCCCGCUGGGCUGGAAGCUGGUGUUCGCCGCGUGGGUGGUGGCGCAUCUGCAGGGGUUCCUCAGGGGGCUCCUCUCGCGGCGGGAACGGGCGCCGACCCUCGCCGUGCUAUGGUCGGUGCUCUUCAUCUCCAUUCUGUCGCUGAUGUGGGUGAACACGCAGACGUACUAUGGGCCGUCGGUGCCAUCGGCCACGCAGCAGCCCAUCUUUUGAUGGAAACUAAAAAAUUCAAAAUUACAUGAAGAAAGGGUUGUUUUCUCGGUAUAAAAGGAUUCUUUUUUCAAAUGAUAAGUGUCAUCACGAAGCAAUCCCGCCUUGGCAUUUUUUACAACUAAAGUUCUCCGAAAAGAAAAAAAGAACUAAAAAUGUUUAAAAUUGCCACCCGAAAAGAAAGUUGACAUGCUUGACGACUAUGGAACUGGCUAGGAGCCGGUCGACUGAAAAUAAAAAUUGAGUCAGUCGAUUUCACAUCUGCACUUUAUUUCAGAUCAAUCGGGAAAACAGAACCAUAGUGUUAAUAGAAUCCACUCACCUAAAUCCUGAGUACGAUUAUGAUCUUAUAUGUCAGCCUAACUCUGUUUCUAUUAUUUUAUGCACUCUAUCCGCGAACUGAAAACACGCAAUGGGCUGGUCAAAAGCAGACUCGUUAACCCAUGACAGAAAAAAAAACACUUCCACUCGAACACCCUGCAACGAUGGACCAUUCCUUUCCUUCCUUUCACGUCUCCUUUCUCCUCUCUCCUCACGUGACGCCGCCACCACCAUGGAUUGCAACUGGAGCUCGGAUCUGAAACGACAUAGAGGAGGAAAUAAAAAGGGACUGGAAAGGAAGAAGCGGGAAGAACAAUCCACAAAAUUUCUCAUCAUGAUAAAUGUUUCAUCUCACCCCCAGAUGCCUACAUGCUUCACCCCUUUACUUAUCUUCUCCAGAUUUGAAAUUCGAAUGCCAAACACGCAGAGCUGGUAGUUGAACUCAAAAUCCAUAAUCAUAUUCUGAUACCUGGAACCUUAGGGACAGAACAUUACCAGAACUCUAGCAAAAUUGAAAUUGCUCUCCUGCACAAUUGAAAACCAUUAGCCGAUUCAAAUCCAUAUACAUGCAAGACAAAAAGCGAGAAAUUACACAAGGAAUGUUUCAAGUUGAACUUAAGAAAUCAUGCAUAUCAGAAGGCACCAGCGAAAUACUAUUUAAAUGAACAAAAUAAAACACAGUAAUGCAGAAACAUAGGAACAGAACACAAAUGUAUUACUAUAAAAGAAUGAAUUAUAAGUAGCAUGUUACCCUUCCUAAAGAUUAAAUCAACAACAAAGCAAAAGGCAAACACAAAAAUAGACAUAAUUAGUGCCUGCUAUGGAAGCAUUAGUAUAAGUCAUGCAGACAUCACAACUGUGAUUUGAAUUUAUUACAUUAGUUUUAAAGGGUUUUAUUCCUCAUGGUGGGGCAACCAAUGAUAUUAUUAAGGUGAGCAGCAAUACAUACAACCAGAAGUGCAAAAACCAUUCUUGCUAAGUCAUAAUUAUUUUGACGCCAUGCUACCAUUUGGAAUCUAAAUUAUAUGCAACUACAUUAUUACUGAACAUCUCAAAAGUUGCAGGUUUAGGCUGGAAAAUUUGCACACUAAGAACAUCAACAAGCAUAAAUUCACCAUGGAGUAAGCUAUACUUCCUAUUUACAACGUUUCAACAAUACCCGAAGAUAGGCAGAUCAUAUGCAAUUUUAUUUUAUUUUUGUAAAUGCUCUCCUCUAGUUUUGAAAAUCAAUGUUGCAUCACAUAAAUUUGAAUAGGGAAAUUCACAGGACUAGUAAUAAUGCAAAGAGGAAUACUAGCAAGGACAGGGAUACUAGAAGAUCAUAGAGAACCAACUAGUAACCAAAGAAGAAGCAGAGAAGUAGAAAUCGGAAGUUUUAAUAUAUAAGAAUGAAUUAUAGGAAGCCUAUUACCCUCCUGAAGAUAAAUUAAAAAACAAAAGUAGAAAUAUAGUAAUUAUAAGUUCUAGAUAAGAAUGAACUACAUGAAGCCUAUUACCUACCUUAAGAUAAAAUUAAAAGCAAAAGAAAAAAGAAAAAUACACAUAUAAAGUUUAAUGGAGCUAAGUGUUUUUAAUCACAAGCAGGGUUCAAAAAUUGCGCAAAAUCAAUGUCAGCAACAACAGCUACAAGCUAGAGCAAAAAAAAUCCAAAUAAGAAGAGCAAGAGAGUAGGAAUCUGAAAUAUGUUUUGAUUGACAUGUCAACCAACCAU